AUGGCCAAUCACUUCCUGGCUACAAUUGCCCUUGUGGCUCUGGCUUCCUCCUUUGCCUAUGCAUCAGAUCCUAGUCCUUUGCAGGACUUUUGUGUUGCUAUCAAUGACCCCAAGGCUGCAGUAAAUGUUGAACAAAUACCAGGACUCAACACGCUUGGUAUCUCCUUAGCUCGUAUUGAUUUUGGUUCGUAUGGCCUCAAUCCACCCCAUACCCACCCUCGUGCUACCGAAAUCCUUGUUGUCUUGGAGGGUACCCUCUACGUUGGCUUUGUCACUUCCAAUUUGAACCCUGGCAACCGCCUCUUCACCAAGGUCUUACAUGCGGGAGAUGUCUUUGUAUUUCCCCAGGGUCUCAUUCACUUCCAAUUUAACCCGGAAAAAACUAAUGCAAUUGCUUUUGCCGGUCUAAGUAGCCAAAAUCCUGGAGUCAUCACCAUUGCAAACGCUGUCUUUGGCUCGACACCACCCAUUUCUAUUGAUGUCCUUACCAAGGCAUUCCAAGUGGACAAAAACGUUGUUGAGUAUCUUCAGAAACAAUUCUGGUGGGACAACAACAACUAG